CCCAUGGAGGCAGCGGAGUUGGAAUCCUGAUGGGAAUUGAAGUUCGGGAUGAGGGUCAGUACCAUUAGUCAGCAGCAUCUCAGCCGAGACCUGUGAAGCAUGGAGGACAUCGUCCAGCUGGGACUGAUCAAUGACAACUGGGAUAUGGUUCCGCGACACUCGGUCACACUGCCCUUUUUCAAAGCACUUUUUCAGCUUGUCGAGGCUUUUUUGGUUUGGUUCCCUUGGCUCGUUCCAUGUGAAGUGUAGGACCUCGAGCCCGACGCGAGCUGUGCCUCUGUACUUGAGCCGGCCUUCUGUCGCCAGUCUCUCCUCCCGGCAUGCAUAUCUCGAUGGUAGCAUCUUCUAUGUCUUUUCUUAGCAAUGUAACAUGGCUUAAGGUAAAGUUUUGAGCAGGAGGAGGUAAGAGGGAGGAAUGAAAAGCAGGGUGGAGGUUUCGGUCAGUUGCGCGUUCUUCAGACCAUCCAUAUUGUGCUGCCCUACGCAGUGAGCUCCUUUCACCUUCCCCCGAAUGGGUUAGAAUGAUCCCCGUCCGUCUGUGGCAUUCUACCCUCGUCCAUCUUUUGUUCGUCGUCACUCUUCUAUCUCUCGUCCGUCUUCUGUUCGUCGCCCGUCCUCUAUCCCUCUCAAAUCCUCGAUCUCUAGACCUACCCUGCCUACCGCUCACGUUGCCUCAACAUGAGUUCAGGUAAACGUGGCACAAAAAUCGACAUGUUAGCGGGCUCAGCUCAGCUGCUGCCUACUCAGCAUCCCGAAGCUUCCGCUACGCUACCUGCACUCUCAAGUUCCCCAGUGGGCGACACUCCCGAGAGCGCCAGUAAAAAACUGAAAAGAUCUCGCUCUCCGAAGGACGAUACAGAUCAUACGAGCAGUGUCAAGAUAUCGAAGCCGCCAAGCAUAAGUGAAUCUAAACCCAGCCCAUUUACGGCAAGAAAAGCAUCACCAUGGGAAAUCUACAAGAAACAUUUCGAUCUCGACCUUAACGGCCCAGUUACUGUGGCACAAGGGAAGGCGGGGCUCGUAGCCGUGAGGACAUUUACGGUUGCAGCUGCCGAGAAGGCGCUCUAUAUGCAUGGUCGUGUACGACAUCCCAACAUUGUCAAGGCUCUUGAAGCCUUCACUACCGAGACAUCGUUCUACAUUGUCCUCGAGUACAUGCCCAUCUCCCUCUACCAGAUCGUAGAGAGUGCUAAAUAUCCUACGGAAUCGGAACUAGCAGCUAUCCUCAGGCAGGUCCUCGACGGCUUAAUCUAUCUCGAAAGCGAGGGGCUCGAACACGGCUCUAUCAAUUGCCGGAACAUCCUCCUUAGCACCGGGGGCGAUGUAAAAAUUGCAAACCAACAAUGCUGUGAGAAAACCGAGAAAACUCAGAGAAAUCGGGAGCCUCAGGAUGUCAGAGCGCUCGGAAUCAUCACGAUGGAAUUAAUGCAGAAGUACACGCAGGACAAUGGAGCAGUCGGCGUAGAAAAUUUGGAUCGUUGGCCUUCUGACCCCGACGCCGUCACAUUCCUUUCCGAGACAACGUCGGCUGCGUCCGCACGCGAAUUAAGAAAGCAUGCACUUCUGCGACAUGGUGACCAGAAAGAUGUUCUUAUGGGGUUGGUUUCUUUAGCUGAAAUUUGUGCACGGAGAUACUUUUCGUGCAGUGCGUAGUUUCUAACAGGAC